AGGAAUUACACAUUUUUAUCUGCAUUUUACAUGCAGUCCUUACCAUAUGAAGGAGGUUAUAACAACAAAUAUUAAAUAAUAUUUUUAUUGCUGGCAUAUUUAUGUUUAAUUUGAACAGAUAUGAACACAAACCAGAUGUAAAUGUAACCUGCUAGUACUUGGAUUACAAGCCAGUGAGGGAACUGUUCUCUUUUCACACAGACAUCUCUGGAUUUGGCACUUGCUGCUGUUUAUCCUCUUGUUCUUCUGGCUCUUUAAUCGGUGAACUAAAGUCCUGAGUCUGUAAGGGGUCUUCACCACCCACACCUGCAGAGCUGUUAUGGCUUAGCUCAAAGCUAAUACAAAAACAUUACAAACAAUUCAAGGUUUAAUGUUGGAACUCAUUCAACAAACUCUCAGCAUUUGACCCUUAGGCAUUUUUUGUAAUUUUGUAAUUUUUUUAGCAUUAGCCCCAAGCUAACCUCACACCACUGAUUUUAUUUUAUUAUAUUUUUUUUAUACUUCCAUGCCUCACUCCAUUGGCAACGUUAUAAGAAAUUAGAUAAACUACUAUUUAACUUCAUCUGGCGAAAUAAGGCCCAUUGCCUUAAAAGAAAUGUAAUCUGUAACCAAAAGCGAUAUGGAGGGCUGGAGGCGCUGAGUUUUUAAACUAUUAAUAAUGUAUUUAAAAUUAAAUGGCUGUGUCGAUUGGGAAAGAAAAAGGUAAAUUUAUGGAAUGCAAUUCCUAAAUAUCAAAGGAAUCGGAGGAGUUGAGUUCUUACUCAAAUGUAAAUACAAACCAGAUAAAUUACCCAUCAAACUGUCAGACCUCCAUAAGCAGGAGUUGCUUUCCUGGAGGCUGAUCUAUAAGCACGGCUUCUCGCCAACCAGCUGCUACAUUUGGAAUAACAAACGAAUUAAGCAUCGCAAUAAAUCAUUAUUUUUUAAAACCUGCUUUGAUAAUGUGGGUGUGGGUUAACCAACUGAUCAAUGCGCAAGGACAAAAGUUUUCAUACAGUGAAUUUAAAGCCAUGUAUCAGUUUCCAAGUAAACAAUCAGAAUACAUCAAGUGUGUAAAGCAAAACCUUAAGGCACUUUGCAUUUGUUACAAGGGUCAUCAAAUUAAUCAUCAAAUUCAGAAAUAAAUAAGAAUCUGUACUUAGGAGAGGUUAAUAUUAAAAUCAAAACAUCUUCAAACAAAUACAUCAAAAAUAUUAUUCACCCUCUGAACAGAACCCCAGCAACCUCAUACUGGAACUCACUGCAUGGGGAGAUUGACUGGAGCAGGGCCUGGCUGGUUGGUGAGAGGCUCUGCAUCUACAGUAUAACAAAAUCAAAGAAGUCAAUUUCAAAAUGCUCCAUAAUAUUUACCCAACCAAAAAUACUUUAGAAAGAUUCAAAUUAGAGAUAGAUUACAACUGUGACUUCUGUUGCAGUGAAACAGAAACAAUCACUCACUUGUAAAAGCCUGAUCCUGUUAGAUCUCAGAAGCUAAGCAGGCUGGGCCUGGGUAGUACUUGGAUGGGAGACCGCUUGGAAUUCCAGGUGCCACAGUGGGGUGCCAGUGGCAAAAAAACUGUCAUUGUGUCCUUAGGCAAGACACUUCACCCACAUUGCCUAGUAUGAAAGAGGUGUGAGUGUGAGUGAUGGUGGAGGUUGGAAGGGCUGAUGUUUCAGAUUGGCAGCCUUGCUUCCGUCAGUCUGUCCCAGGGCAGUUGUGGCUACAGUAGUAGUUUAUUACCACUGAGUGUGGAGUGACUGAAUAAUGAACUGUAAAGUGCUUUGGGUAUCUUGAAAGGCACUAUAUAAAUGCUAUCACUCACUUGUUUUACUAUUGUACGUACAGUAGAAAAAUCUGGACCCACAUACAACAACUCAUCCAAACCAAAACCAGACACGUGUACCAUAACAGUGGUAAAUUGUCCAAAGUGGGUGUCACAAGAUAACCAGUGUUGGGGAGUAAUAGAUUACAUGUACCGGAGUUACGUAAUCAGAGUACAAAUUAUGAGUAACUGUGUUCAGUUACAGUUACUGUUUCAAUGAGCAGUAAUUGGAUUACAGUUACUUUGUUGAAAUAAAUGGAUUACACAGCAGUAUUUUCCUGUUUUCACAUUUUGGGCUAUAUCCCCCUUUUUAAUUUUUUUUUUUUUUCGGUAAUUCCACUCAUUGCCGGAAACUAAACCAGGUCUAAACUAGAUCUAAAUCAGGUCUAAACCAGGUCUAAACUAGAUCUAAACCAGGUCUAAAACCAGGACUAAAACCAGGUCUAAACUAGAUCUAAACCAGGUCUAAACUAGAUUUAAACCAGGACUAAAACCAGGUCUAAACUAGAUCUAAAUCAGGUCUAAACCAGGACUAAAACCAGGUCUAAACUAGAUCUAAACCAGGACUAAAACCAGGUCUAAACUAGAUCUAAACCAGGACUAAAACCUGGUCUAAACUAGACCUAAACCAGGUCUAAAACUAGGACUAAAACAGGACUAAAACAGGAUUUAACAGGACUAAACAAGGACUCAGUAGUGUCUCUGUGUUUCCCCUCACAUUCCUUGGUUUGGUUUUAGAGUGACUAUUAUUUAAAAAGAGCUUCAGCCAUUUGAAUUUCAAAACUCCAUUCAUAAUGUCAAAAUAUAUAGCGUUUCCACCUCCCUCCGCGUAUGGUUUGAUUAGGUCGUCUUUUCCAAAGUAAUGACAUUUAUUCUUCCAAAUGAAGUUAAAAUAGCUUUCACAAGUUAACAUGCCUCCAAUGUGACUGUAACGCGCAUAACAGAUAUAGGUGCUGAAAACAAAUAUAGUUUGUGUUGUGCUGUGUUGGCGUAGCUUAAAACAUUGGACUUAUUUUCUUCACCGGUAACGUGACUUCAGACCUACGCACCCUCUUACUUAUAUUUUUUAUAACCUAUUUAUCGUAGUCAUUAACGGACACCAAACAACUUAUAGUCGUAUAUACAAUUAGAACCAUUCAUUUACUUUAUUCUGAAGCCAUGUAUUAAACGCAGUCAUGUUAGACACAAGUUUGAUUGGAGUCGGCAUUGUUCUUGUCGUAUGUGCAAAUGAAACGGUACGUCAGAUACAAACAUGUUGGCGUGCAUAUGCCUGAAGUGGCCAGAGGGUGGCGCAAACACGUAAACACCAGUAUAAACAAAUCACAUCUUGACAUGAACCGGAACAGCCGGUGUCUCCUCUGUGGGCGGGAUUUUCUCACCCAUUUCCUGCAGAGGAUUCAAGGGAGAAGGAAGCAAAGAAAGAAAUGAGACGCGGCCAAGCAGCUCAGCCAUAUAACUACAAUAAAAUAAAAAAAUAAAAUAGAAGGUUUUUUUUAAAUUAUAGCUCCAUGAGCUCAGCUCCAGUGUUGCCUAAUUACUUUCAUUGUCAUCACAGCGCAACAAACGUCACUGUGCGUCAUGCUGCGUAGUGUCGUUACGUGCCUUGCGUGCAGGCAUCUAGUUUAAGUAAUCAAGAUUUACUAUUGUCACGCCUAUAAUGAUCGGGACGCUGUGCUUGAAGUUUACUGAAUGAAAACCUAGUCCGUUUAAGAUGCCUGCCUACGAGGAAAAUCAGUCUAAGCUUAUGCGCAAAGCCAAGGAGAAUCCCUUUGUUCCUGUGGGUGUCAUAUAUUCAAUGUACCGGGAUUACAUUGCACAUCCUAGUGAGGAAACCAAGGACAAGUGAUAAUCAGCAAUACCCCAUUUCUUUAAAAAUAAACAUAGUUAGCUUUUAACUGAAUAUUUAACUGCUGCAUUCAAUUCCGGUGAAAACUCAGUGUCAGGGAACAGGAAAUGAGCUUCUGAUGUUAUCCUGAUGAGUUAUGAGUUAAAGUGGUUCCAACAGAGUGGUUCCAACAGAUUCUGUGCUGAAAUGGGACCCAACAUGGUUCUGCCGAUGUUCUGGAGGACACAUGAGGGUUCUGUCGUCAUCCAUUCAUGAAUCUCACAUCGACAUCACCAUGUUCAUCUGAACACUCUGAAAUAUUCCCAAUGAACCACCUGAUGUCAUAAAUACAUGCUCUGUAUUGACCUGCUGGUACAGAGAGAAAUCUGACACAAUCUCAUUUUGUAUUUCAGAAACUGAAACUUCAGCACAUAAAUGAUCUUGACAUAUUCUCCUCAUUUCUAAUUUGACACUGGAAUGAAACUGUGGCGUGAUCUAGUACCAUUCACAGUCUUUGUCUUGCUGUAGCGUUCUUCUAGUUUGGAAAUAAAUCUGAGAUUGCUCAUAGGAGAAGGUGGCUGAUUUCAUAUGGACUGACCCAGUUGUAUUAUAAUUUAUGUUGCACUGCUGUGUUUACUGACAAUGUUUCAUUGCCUUUUCAAUAAAACAGUCUAUCCUUUUCCCAGCAAGAUUACAAAGAUAAAAUUUAAAUAACAGAUUAAAUAUGUGCUCUUCAAAUUUUAUGUUUGUAAUCUUACUGAUCUGUCAGGUCUCUUGUGUGUGUAUGUUUAAUGAACGGAUACAAUUUAUUUUUUUUUAUUACAGCUGAUAUCAUCCCCUACUUGCUGUCAUGUUGUUAGAGAAUCAAAAUUGACUUUUUAUUUUACCAGGCAGGACAUUUAAGCUGAAGAAAAGAAAAUAUAAAUUUCAACAAAAAUGAACAAGAAAUUAAACCCCCCAAAAUUAACUUUCCAAGUCACGUUCCUGUUAUUCUCUCGCGAGAGUUGUAUUUGCGUACCUUUGAGGAGCCGUUGCUGGGAUACGCAGAGACGCUCCAGAGGCAGAGGGUGGGCGCUGCAUUUUUCACCUCUCGUGAUGCAGAGUUGAAAUAUUUCUCGCUGCCGACCGUGGUAAACUAAAGCCCAUGGAUGACAACAGUGCCCUCACCGAACUGCAGCGCCAGUUUGAGGUUCUUCGGAAGCAACAGGAGAGGAGACAACUGGAUCUGAAGACGAAGGAGGCACUGGACCCUGUUGGAAACACAGAAAACCUGGGACAGUCUAAACAACGCAUUCCAAUUGACACGGCAGAGGAAAGACUAAAGAAUGAAAAUGAGAACUUGACGGACCAACUGCGUGCCCUGAAGGAUGAGAACGGAAAACUGUUGAAACUAGUGAGUGAAAAAUUUUUUGAAAUCAAACACCUCCAGAAGAAGAGAGAGGAGGAGAGGCUGGCAUUCACCGGCACGUCGGGAGUGGCAGGGGAUGUAGCCGCGAUCAAGAUUGUGGAGUUGUCCAAGAGAAACAGGGAGCUGACAGUCGAAAUCGAGCGUGAGAGGAUCAAGUCAAAACAGAAGAGCAACGCUAUCAGAGAACUGGAGAAAGAGUUACAGAAUGCAUUGAUUAAUCCUGGGAACAGUCAAGCAAAGUCACAGUCGGGGAAGGAUUUGGAGGAGCAGGGGAACCGUUUGGUGAAAUCUCUUCAGGACAAACUGGCCGCAGCCCUCCUCAAAGUAUCUGAAUACCGCAACCAAAUCCAGACUGUCAAACAGGAGCUGAGAAUAGCGCAGAAGGUUUUGUGCAGUGAAGUGGGAGAAGAGGUCAACCUGCAGCAGUUACUCAGCUGUCCCGGGAGCUUCAGGGGCCGAGCACAGCAGAUUCUGACUCUACAGACCAGGGUACGUGAUCUGGAGCAGCAGCUAAACCAGGCAGCCCAAUGCAGACCCCAGAGCCUCCAAAGUGUAGAUGAGUCAGAGUUAUUAGGCCCCUUCAAGAAGAUGCCCCCACAAGACCGAAACCUGAAUUACAUCCGCUCCAUUGAAAAAGAGAAGCGGGAUAUGUUUGAGAGAAUUUCAGCUGAUUAUGACACUCUGCUGAAAGAUCACGAGGAUGUGAGGAAAAAACUGGAUGCCUCAAAAGCCCGCAAUAAAUCCCUAUCAUCUGAACUGAAAAAUCUCAAAAGUCAGAUCUCCACUCUUCUGGAAAAGGGAAAGCAUGACGAUGAACUGGUGGAUGCACUCCUGAAGCAGCAGGCUGAGAUGCAGGAUGUUCUCAAGCGCCUGAGUCUUCAGCAGAACCGACAGAGGCAAGACGAUGACCCUGUCUCCUCUUCCUCCAGAUCUUUGCAUCACCCCUUCCCCUCCUAUUUCUCCCCCCACAACUCUACAGGUCUCAUACCAAAGCUGCAGCAAGUGGUGGCUGAGAAAGAUGUUCAGAUUCAACAGCUCAAGAGGCAGCUGCUCUCCACAAACAGGGAAGAAGCUGUAUCCAGUGAGUCCUCUAUCUGCAGUACAGUUUUUUCUCCAGAAGAGGGCGACCUCCCCAAGCAAAACGCACCUUGCAUAUCCGUGUCUAAAUUUGGUCAUAAACUGGUUCUGCCCGCGGUGGGAAGCAUUAUGGAGUUCAAAGAGGCGGAGAUGAGGGCUGCGGAGGAGGCCGGACUGAAGCACAGCGGGACAGUGGAGGAGAUCAAAUUAGACCCAGAGUGAGACGCCUGCAGCUUGUGCAGUACUAUGUAUGCCAACCCUCACUGACAGGAUGAUGGGAGAAUGUCAAGCAAUUUUUCCCAUGUUAUUAUUUUUUUAUUUGUUUAUGUUUUGGAGGGGUGACUUUUUUGUGUCCCUCAAAACAGGUUUGAUGCACAUGACUUGCUUGGGUUUCUUUCUUUGCCUGUUAAAACAAUUGCACAUUUGAAGAUGAAUCACAAUUGCAUGACAUGAGAACUGGUAGAUAUGUGCAUAAAAACAUAUAUUUAAUAACAGCAGUCUAAAAAAUUCAAUGAUAAAGUGAAUGAAUAUUGUAGAGGUGAUAGUUUAUGAUAGGAAAUGAGGGUCUAGAUUGGAAGAAUACCUUGAGCUGCCACUGAAAAGAUAAUACACUUUGUCCAAAUAAAUAUUUUU